AUGACCCAAACACGCAAGGGGGAGCCAAAGCUUACAGCUCAGCGAUCCAUCAUCACCGCGAUCCGAUCGCUUCCCUCCUCCUCCCCAUCCUCGCCCCGUCGGCUCUUUAGCACCUCUCCUUCUCGACACGCCUCCCCUCCUCCAGUAUCCACGCCGGUCUAUCCCUCAUCCGACGAAGCCCCCCUCACGGCCUUCCAAUCGCGCAUCGCCGCGCUCGAGACGUCCCUCUCCGCCGAGCCCGGAUCGCUCGACGUCGAGAAGCACCUAGAGCUUCUGAAGGCUUUACUGGCCGAAGGGGAGGUAGCGGGUCUGGCGAGAUGGUAUGAGGUCUUGGCGCUGGGUUUGGACCCGGAAGGUGGGGAGGGAGCCGGAGAUAAAGUGAUCAAAGGGCUAGUGGGGGAUGAUCGGGCGUGGGCGGUGUAUGUUGAGGCAUUGGCCAAGCUGGGAAGGCUAGGCGAGGUCGCCGCGAAAGUCAGGAGGAGAGACUGGGUGGUAGAGCGCCUAGGACACGGGUUGAGCUUGGCGGGCACACCACCUGCGUCCUCGGAAUCGGCAUCGACAUCACCAUCUACCGCACCGGCUUCUACGGUUACAACAUCAUCGGACAUUACUGCAUCAUCACCAGCACCUACAUCAACGGCAUCCCCACUAUCUACCUCUCUUUUGUCGCAGAUCACGUCCCCUUCGUCUUCUUCGUCCUCGUCGUCGUCAGCGGGCACCUCGCCAGCCUCAGCAAGCGGGACAGGCACCCCCCUCUCCCCGCUGUACGUCCAGCUCGCACCCCCGACCUCGCAAUUUACACCCGCCAAGGCUUUCCGGUGGCUCUUAGGCGCCAUGUUCUGGGCGUUCAUCUUGUUGACGGUGUUCUCGAUGGUCAUGGAGAAUACGGGGCUGUUGAAGGCGGGACCGGGACCGGUCGAGUUCGAGGCCGAGGAGGGGAAGGUGGUCAGGUUUAGCGAUGUACAUGGGUGCGAGGAGGCCAAGGCUGAACUCGAGGAAGUCGUUGAGUUCCUUCGGAACCCCGACAAGUUCUCUACGCUCGGCGGGAAGCUACCUAAGGGUGUCCUUCUCACUGGGCCACCCGGUACCGGAAAGACCAUGCUUGCUCGGGCCGUCGCUGGUGAAGCUGGCGUGCCGUUCUUGUUUGCCAGUGGAAGUCAAUUCGACGAGAUGUUUGUCGUGACUGACGAAAUAGCUAAACGUAUCCGGGAACUCUUCGGAUCAGCCAAGAAGAAGGCGCCAGCGAUCGUCUUCAUAGAUGAACUUGAUGCGAUCGGUAGUAAGCGGAGCGCCAAGGACGCGCACUACAUGAAGCAAACUCUGAACCAGCUUUUGGUCGAAUUGGACGGCUUCGAGCAGAUGGAAGGCGUCAUCAUCAUUGCGGCUACCAACUUCCCGGAGAGUCUUGAUAAGGCCCUUACUCGACCGGGUCGAUUUGAUAGGCAUGUUGUGGUUGGUCUUCCUGAUGUCCGCGGCCGAGUCGCUAUCCUCAAACACCACAUGGGCGAGGUCACGUACGAUGUGGAUGUCGACCCUAGUGUCAUCGCCAGGGGAUGUCCGGGAAUGAGCGGUGCGGAUCUGCAGAAUCUGGUCAACCAGGCUGCCGUCAAAGCUUCGAGGGAAGGUCAGACGACCGUCCAGCUUAAGCACUUUGAGUGGGCAAAAGCAGACCGGAUCCUCAUGGGCGCCGAGCGGAGAUCUCACUUUGUCACGGAAGAGUCCAAGCGGUCUACUGCGUACCACGAAGGCGGACAUGCGCUUGUGGCUUUGCACACUCCGGGUGCUAUGCCUCUGCAUAAAGUGACCAUCAUGCCCCGUGGUCAGGCUCUCGGUAUCACCUUCCAGCUGCCCGAACAGGACAAGGACUCGUACUCUCGCAAAGAAUACUCUGCGAUGAUUGACGUCGCCCUCGGCGGACGCGCAGCCGAAGAGAUGAUCUUUGGACACGACGACGUCACGUCCGGCUGCUCCAGCGACCUCCAGCGCGCGACCGAUGUCGCGACGCGCAUGAUCCGCUCGUAUGGGUUUAGCGACAAGGUCGGGCUCGUUGCGCAUGGGGACGACGAGAGUGUGUAUCUGAGCGGGAAGAAGAAGGAUGAGAUUGAGGGGGAGAUUAGGAGUUUCUUGGAUAAAGGGAUGGGAAGGGUCAUGGGGUUGUUGAAGGAGAAGGAGGAUGAGUUGCAUACUUUGGCAAAGGCGCUGGUAGAGCACGAGACGCUCUCGCUGGACGAGGUGAGGACGGUGCUGAAGGGCGAAAAGCUGGAUAGACCGGCGGUGAAUCAGGGGGAGAAGCUGGUAGGGGAGAAGGAAAAGCUGGCAGGGGAUGAGCCUACCGGACCGGUCGUAGACGGAAUAUAG